AUGGAACUUGACAGUGGGGAAUUUACCCUUUCAGAGGGAUCCCAAGAAGCUGGAAUAGAUUUCUCCUCUGGAAAAGGUGCUAAGAGCGGUGGUGGAAGAAUCCCUUUGCUGAAGCAUAUAGCAAAAAAACGGACUUCAAAUACAACAAAUUUUGCAAAGUGGGAAACAUCUAAAAGUGGCUCAUUAUUAAAAAUGUACAAUUCAGUUGCUAAAAUUUAA